GAUUUCUCUUGCAUUGUUUUCCUUCAGCAUAGUUAUAGAGUUUCGCGCUGUUUUUGCCUUGUGAACACGUUGUGCGUUGUUGAGAUCAAUGCGUUUUAGCCGCUGAUUGCUCGGAUGACUUUCAGUGAACCGUGCUAAAAGGACCUCGAGUACGAAGCCGCUCUGUGCUAAAAGAAAUGUCAUACGGCCGUGCCCGCGAACGUUCGUAAGUGCGUUUCACCGCAGCUCAGCUACAGUGAGCCACAACAACGAAUAAUGUCUGGAGCCAACAGCUUCAACGUUGUGGAAGACGUAUCCGCGUCUGACCAGGAUCUGAGAGUACUGCGUGCAAGCUUCGAUAAUGCGGUCGACGCAGAAGCGUGGAUGAAGAAGUACAGUGCCGAGUCGCGCACGUCUUGGAUACUCAGCAGUGCUCUUCGCGGUGGCACCAGAAUGGUGUACCACAAGAGGUGGGUCUGUCAUCUCAGCCAUCGAAACAAAAGUCGCCCCACCUCCCUCGAGAAACCAGCCUGCCCCGCGCAGCUGAGCAUCAAGAUAAAGAAAGUGAACCGAAACACCAAAAGGAAUGACACGUUCCUCCGCUUAGAUCCUCCUCUUCCGGCCGUCAUCAGACUCAUCUCCCAGCACAAUCACAGGAUCGAGUGUGCCGACGCACCAAUGUCAACGCGUCCGACACCAGAGACCAGGCUCAAGUUUGAAGGCUACUUUGAAUUGGGCAUGAAUCCGUCUGAAGCCAAGCGGCACAACGAGCGGCUUCUUCUUGCGGGAGGGAACGGCAGCCCUACCGGACCGGCGAAUCCCAAGCUCUCUUGCUUGUACACCUGGUACAGGGAAUGGCGGAUAGACAAGUAUGGAUCACCGGAGAAUCCUUUGUCAAAGUUGACGGAGAAAGCCACCGCCUAUGCAACUAGCGGGGCUGACAUAAAAUUGACUGGCACCGAUGAUUCCUGGGCUGUUCUUUUAGUGACACCAAUCAUGCAUCGUGCUCAGCAGAUUAAAUCCUCCGGCGACUUGAUCUUUGUGGACACCGUGUCGUCGUGUGAUGCAACGAAAAGCAUGGUUACUCUUUUUUUGACGGCCACAAAAGCUGGGGCCGUGCCAAUCGCUGCGUUCAUUCACAAACAACAAGACACUGAAGGAUACCAAAAGGCCUUUGACUUGCUGAGGACUGACUAUCCAUUGUGCUUUGGGAAUCGGCAGCAUCCUGCAGCCUUCAUAACCGAUUCUUCGAUGCCGCUCAAGACAGCUCUUCUUCGAAUCUGGCCAGGAGCCAGGCACCUGCUGUGCCACGUCCGCAUCCUGCAGGCAGAGUGGCGCAGGCUCACCAGCAGCGGAGGAGCACUUGAUGUGCCUAAACAAGAACACUGCCAGCUUUUUUCUUCAUUUCGAAAGGUCCUAAAUGCUAAGUCGCACGAAGAACUCGCACGAGCCAAGGAAGAGCUCUGUCGAAGCAACCACAAGGUCUACAUGGAGCAGGCUGGAGCCUUCUUCGCACGUGAGAGGGAGUGGUCACUUCCAAGUCGUGUCAGUCUCACUGCACAGAACUGGGACGUGGCUGCCUAUUCCGAAGUCUCUGUACGGAUCCUCAGGGAUUUUCUUCUGAGCAAAAUGCAACUAUAUAAUGCAGUGGCAUUACUGGACUUUAUUGCCAGCGAGUGCGAGGCUUACUUGAAAGCGAGAAUUCUGCAGCACAGCCGCCCCGUAUCCUACGCAGACUACCAGUGGGGGGGCUCUUGUACGACUAGCCUCGAAAGACUUCUUAGCAGGACGCCGGGUGCUUCCCUGGGCAGCUCGGUCAUUCUGAGGGAAGGCGAAAACGCAUUCUCUUUCAGGAAUGCCCACAACCGCAGAGAAUGUGCGAUUCAGUAUGACCUGGGCCUCUGCAGCUGCUGGCCAGGCAGCCAGGGUGCCUUUUGCAAGCACCAAGCAUUCAUUGUGCACGAGUUUAAGCUGCCUUUUCCUUGCACGCCAGAGCUGACGACUGCGGAGUGUGAGGAACUUGUGACACUUGCAAUUGGCAGAAGAUCUCUGUCCCCAACCGCCUCGCCAAACCAUCAAACAUGCAAUUUGGACUCCGCAUCGAAUGGCGGAGAAGAGGAUAUUUGGGCGUUGCUUGACCACGAUUACAUCAAGGAGGCCUCUGGAGAUGCUGGAGAUUCCAACACGGAGCUGCCUAGACUGGAUAUACUGGAGUCCGCCUGCGUGGAGAUCUCACAGGACGAAGCGCUAGUCACUGAGGAACAAAGUUACCAGGCUCUAGUCUCAUCGCUGAGGCAAGUCCACGAGCUGGCCAAGGACGUUCCUGGCUACGUGGGCCUUGUGGACAGAAUUGUCACGGAAGUGAAAGACCUGACCACUAGCCAUGCAGCAUAUGGUUUCUUGUUGCGACUAGACGCAUCAGCCACUGCAGAAAGGCGCCGGGUGUUAGCGCCACCAAUCAAGCGUCCCAGAAAGCGGCUUCGCAUUCCAGUGCGUAGCAAGACAUCCACACCUUCAAUUGAACCGCUCUAGUUACGAACUUUGCUAUCAAACCAUUCAUCGACGUGCCUGUCUCAUAACUUACAUCUGGUGGACCAUAUUUGCUUUGACGGGUUGUGCAAUUGCCGUGUUUGAUUUGAAUUUCUUCAUGCUGGCAACUGUUAAAACCCUUCAUUGAGAGAAUGUCAUGGAAGUUCUUGAUUUGUAUCUGUGUGUUGUAGAAAGCUCGACUUUCUGUGAGAUAAAGGAAUUAUUUAAGAAGGAAA